AUGGGAUCAAGAAUACCCAACUCUUCAAGCGCAAGUUCAACUUCCAAUACAUUUCAUUCUCAAUCACCAUCUUUAAGAUAUAGAAGCAAUCAAAACACUCCUAAUUUAAAUUCGAAUCAAUCUCAAAAUAAUGGAAUGGGAAUUGGAGCAUUGAGUCCAUCAUUAUUUGAUAUCACACCUACUUUUCAAAACCAUUCAUUAUCAUCAACAAAAGCUUCAAUCCCAACUAUCAAUCAUGCACAAGAAGCCAAUGAGAAUUUAAAAGAAUUUAAUAGAACUGAUUCUAUUCAAUCAAAUGAUGAGAAUGGAUAUUUAAGAAAAGCAUUGGAAUCUAUUCAAUUCCUUUUAAAACGAAAUUUAAACAAAUCAUCAUCAUCAACAAGUAAUACUCAGAAAUCAGAAUCAAAUCAAUCUUCUUUACCUUUACCAUUACCUUUACCUGGUUCAUUACCUCCCAAGACUAUUGCACCAUCUCUUGAAAAUCUAGGUUCGAUUGAUAGUGUCUUAUCUAGUAUUACUUAUAAUCCUAAUCCUACGACUCCUAAUCCUAAUGGUAAUCAUCAGAAUGUGAAUCAAGGACUGGGUUUACUCAAACCUCCUACUGCUACUCUUGCUUCAAAUCAUCCUUCUACUAUUAUGAUUGUUCAUGAUCCUAGUAAUCAUGCUCAUCAUCAGUUUCCUUCACAAUUGAUCUCACCUCCUUUGAUGUCAAAUGAUCAUAGUUUAGGUAAAGAAAGUUUGUUUUCAAGAAUUCGACAAUUUCGUGAAACUACUUUUAAUUCAACUCAAAGUCAUCAUGAAUCUAAUGAUCCCAAUCUCACGAAUUAUCCUACACCUAAUCAUUCCAAUCGAAACCGAAAUUCGAAAUCUAGAAUCAGUUUAAAUUCUUCUACAAAUGUUCAAUUCGAUUCAAGACAUAAUUCGAUUUACACUCAAGCUUUAUCAACUCAAUCCAAAUCAUCAUCAACAACUGAUCUAAACAAUACGAAAGAAACUUCAUCAUCUAUCGAUCAUCAUCAAGUUUCUUUAUCUUUGUUUACUUCUUUAAGAUAUGCGAAUAAGUUUCCAGACUUUAGAUCUAAAUCUAUCAAAAGUAAUUCAACUAGUUUACCUUCUUAUGAUCAUCAUCUUAAUAAUAGUAAAGGGGUGAUUAAUACACCGGUUUUGAAUUUAACCGAAAAAGGUCAGACUGAUGAGAUGAUCCAAAGCCAAGACCAUGAAAAAAUUACAAAGUUUAAGAUCGCUUUGGUUUUGAGUGUCAGUUCGGUCAUGGUUUAUGCUUUGAUUGGAUUGAUUUAUUCACUUUUGUUUUGGUUUAGAGCUUUGGAAAAUUCAGAUGUGGUACAAGUAGCUGAUCCAGAUGUAUUAAGAUGGCUCACAGCAGCCAGUUCAGUAUGUCUUCUAACCGGUCUAACCGGUCUAACCGGAACGAUCCUACACUCUCGCAAGAUCUUAACGAUUUAUAAUUUAAUGCUUUGGCCAAGUUUAGCUUGUGUGUUGGUGAUUGGUUAUCUGGCGUACAAACGGGUUUCAUUGAAUUUAGAUUUGAAAUUGAAUCAAGCUUGGAGUGAGAUUUAUGAUCCGUUAGAUAGGUUGAGGAUCCAGAAUGCCUUGAAGUGUUGUGGGUAUUAUAAUCCGUUACAUGAAGCUACUUUUUCUUCUCAAUGUUAUCCUAGAGUUAGAUUAGUAGGUUGCAAAGGAAAAUUAUUUAAGUAUGAAACUAAUAGUUUAGAUUCGUUUACUCGAGUGGCUUUUUGGAUUGCAAGUUUACAUAUGUUGAAUAUUGUGAUUGGAUUGUUGUGUUCGAAUCAUGUGGAUCGUCAGUUUGGUAAAAAUCUUAUACCUCCUCAGUACAGAUUGAAAUUAUUGGAUGUCAAUAGUCAUUCAAUUCAAUUCUUAAACCAAUUUCCAAUUAAAAAUCAAGAAACAAAUCCAAAAUUGAAUGUAAAGAAAGAAGAAGAUUUAACCAUCAAAUUUGGUUUACUCCAUCAAAGGAAUUUUAGAAAUUCAAAACUGUUGAUGAGAAAUUCUAUGGAUGGAUUAGGUUUAGAACAGUCUUUAAAAUGA